AUGGAGCGAGGGAAUGUGGACAGCAGCGCAGAAUUGCCGCCUGCAAAGUAUCCCGGCGAAGACACUCGACCAACAUCCCGAAAAGAACUCCUUGGCUUCUAUACCUACAGUUUCGCCGCGGAAGUCUUCCCGAUAUGUGGCUUAGGAGCCUUCAUUCCCAUCGCACUUGAGACGUUAGCCAGACAGUCAGCAAGUGCAGUCCUUGCCAGCGACCAUAGCAGGCCUUGCGCACAGCCAGGCACUGAGAGGAGCUUCAGUAAUGUCACCGCACGACGCAACCAAACGCCUCAUGGCGUGCAAUGCGACUUCCGGUUCUUCGGAACGUACAUCAAUACGGCCAGCUUCGCAAUGUACACCUUCUCUGUCUCCGUCCUGCUACAAGCGCUGCUGGUGAUCACAAUGUCCGCCGCCGCGGACCAUGGCCGCUACCGUAAGACGUUACUUGUUGGGUUUGCAAUCGCAGGCGCCAUUGCGACCAUGCUCUUUCUGCUAGUUUCACCUGCAGUAUACUGGCUUGGCAGUGUUUGGGCCAUUGUGGGAAACGUCUGCUUUGGUGGGAGCUUUGUGCUGCUGAACUCAUUCCUACCACUUCUCGUAAGAAAUCAUCCGGCCGCGAAGGACCCAAACACGUACACGUACCACAGUGAAGAGUCGGCGGACGGUCAAGAAGCUCAUCUGCACGACGUCGUAGACUCGACCGCAGCUCUGCUUCCUUCCGACGAACAAACAGCACCAUAUCCACCAUCUGCCUCUCUGCCUUCACCACAGAUGCAGCUUUCGACCCGAAUUUCGUCUUAUGGAGUCGGCAUUGGUUAUAUUGCCGCAGUAAUCGUACAGAUCUUGGCACUGGUCAUCAUCCAGCUCACAGGCGCCUCGCUGUACUCGAUCAAGUUGGUCCUCUUCGUCAUUGGGUUGUGGUGGCUAUGCUUUACGUUUCCAGCAAUGCUAUGGCUCAGACCACGUCCGGGUCCUCCAUUGUCCUCGGGCCAGAAAGGCAAGUCUCGGACUUGGCUGGCAUAUAUGUGGUAUUCCUGGGCAAGCCUUGCUAGAACCCUCGUCCGAGCCCGGAAACUGAGGGAUGUGCUAUUGUUCCAGGCGGGGUGGUUUAUGAUAUCUGAUGCGAUAGCCACCGUCUCCGGAACCGCCAUUCUGUUCGCGAAAACGACGCUGGGCAUGGGCAGCUCGGCUCUAGCGCUGAUCAACGUAGUCGUUUUCCUGUCUGGCAUUGUCGGGGCCUUCAGCUGGUCAGCGGUUAGCCGAACGAUGCACCUGAAGCCAGGCCAAACGAUUCUGUUCUGUAUAUACAUCUUCGAGCUUAUCCCAUUAUACGGAUUGCUGGGCUACAUACCUGCGAUUCAGCGCUUAGGCGUCUUCGGCCUUCAGCAGCAGUGGGAGAUGUAUCCUCUCGGUGCAGUCUUCGGUCUCGUGCUUGGUGGCCUUUCCAGCUACUGCAGAAGUCUCUUCGGCGAGCUGAUACCAGCCGGAAGCGAGGCCGCCUUUUACGCUCUCUAUGCAAUCACGGACAAAGGGAGCAGUGUUUUCGGUCCCGCUGUUGUCGGUGCCAUUACCGAUGCUACAGGCGACAUUCGACCUGCUUUCUGGUUCCUGGCCGCGCUAAUCGGACUACCCAUUCCACUCAUCUACUUAGUGGACCUCGAGAGAGGAAAGCGUGAUGCUGCCGCGUUGGGAACAUAG